UCAUCUAGACACCACUGUUGCAAUACAGUAUAUCACUAAUUAUUCACAAAUGUUGACUCAUCCUGAGAGAUAUACCAAAUGGUCUUCUUGUCCUCAGUACUGGACACAACAAAUUAUGUUGGUUCAAGUUAACCCUGGGGAGACCCAUACCAUCAAGUCUGAUGAUGAGACUAUUCAGAAUAUUCAAGGAUCAGCUGAUGUUCCUCUGAUGUCACCACCUGGUACUUUGCCAUCAAUCUAUCUCCCUCCUGGCUACAUGUCUCAGGUAGUAGAAGAAAAUGGGAUUCGCAAAAUUAUCAUUGUUCUCAGCAACUAUCACACAUCCAUGCCUGCACCUAUACAAGUAACACACUUUAUAACACCAUCCUCUCCUUUAUAUCCACAAGCCCCUCAGCUUAUGUAUCCCUCAGCUCAAGAGGAAUUUCCACCACCUACAUCCAAGAAAACCUAUUCCCAUGGAAUAGCAAAUUAUAACCAACUCAGUGAAAGAGCUGCUAAAAUGGGAGAACAUAUGAAGAAAAAAACUAGACAAGUUGGUGGACAAAAGAAUAGCUAUGUGGCUAACAACACUUCUUUGCUUGCGAACAAAACUAAUGAUUUUUUCAAUAUUUCUGGUACUCCAAGCACUGUUAACUAUGCUCCAAGCACCUACACUGUUGACAAUACUUUGAGCACCUACACUGUGAACAAUACUUUGAACGCUUACACUGUGGACAAUACUUUGAACGCUUACACUGUGGACAAUACUUUGAACGCUUACACUGUGGACAAUACUCCAGGUACCUACACUGCGAGCAAUGUAAAUGUUUACACUGACAGUACUCCCAGUACUUACACUGUUCACAGCCCUCCAAGCACUAACAUUGCUGACAAAACUCCCAGAAAUUCUUCCAUUGACCAUGUCCCUAGCAUUUCCAUCUCAGACACUACUCUGAGCCCUGCUACUUCUGAUGGCAUUCUGAACCCUUCUAGCACUAAUCAUACUCCCAAGACUGCCACCUCUGACAGAAAUCACAGAUCAUCUGAUAGUACUCCCAAACCAUCAAGUAUUGACAGUACUCCAAGCUCUUCUAUUUCUCACAGUGCUCCCAACACUUUCAUCUCUGAAAAUGCUCCCAGCACUUCUGACAUUGAUAAUGCUCUCAAUACUUCCAACACUGCCAGUGCUGAGAGUGAGACUAGACAUAGAAAGAAACAGAGUGCUAUAGGAGGUGAAGAAAUCAAGCAGAAACCAAGUGGAAAACAAAACAAAGUAACAACCAUAAGAGGCUCAGAACACACAACUGUGUUUGAAGUGGUUAGUUUCAUAACCCCAAGUUGCAAACCGGACCCUCCACUUGCACCCAGACUGAUUAACAGAUCCAAGAGCAGCCUGAAUUUACAGUGGAAAGGUUCCAAUGAUAAUCGUUCCAAAAUAAACAGUUUCCUUUUGGAAUGGGAUGAAGUAUACAGCAAAGGUGAAGACUUCAAAAGUUGCUAUAUGAGUAUCAUAAAACAGCACAAGAUCCUUGGACUGAGUGUUUCUACAAAACACUCAUUCAGAUUAGCUGCCAAAAAUAACUUUGGCUUGAAUGAUUUCAGUUAAACAGCAGUCUUCCAUACAUCAGGAACUACGCCUCCAACACCUCCGCCUCCUAAGCUAAAAGAAGCAAGAAUCCGUUAUUUGUCAUUAGACUGGUGUGCCCCAACAAACCCAAAUGACACCCCUACUUAUGUACUAGAAAUGGAGGAAGCAGGAUCUGGUUUAGAUUUUAAGCCGAAAUACAAUGGAGAAGACUUUUCAUGCACUAUAAGAAGUCUUCAGAGAAGUACUACAUACAAGGGUAAGAUCUUUGCCUGCAAUAUGGAAGGAAGAAGCAACUCCAGUGGAGAAGUAAAAUAUACUACCUGUCCAGAUAAAACUGGAUCCCCUAGAAAACCAUAUAUAAAGGGAAAGAUCCAUGCACACAGUGUAAAAAUGGGAUGGAAUAAGUAAUAACCAUCCAAAGAUAAUGGUGGAACAUACAUUUCAAGUUACAGUUUAGAAGUUAGUGAAAAUUCAGAUGUGAAUCUCUGGAACAUAAUUUACAGUGGCAACAAAAGGGAAUUUCUAUAUAAUCACCUGCAACCUGGUACUGCAUAUAAACUGAGAGUCUUUUGUAACUCACUUAUAGUCCAGACAGCCUUUAGAUAUAUUGACUAUUCAAACACCUACUCUUUCUCCUGCAUCAUGCUGUCCUCCACCCUUGAAUGGUAA